CUGCAUCCAGAUCUCUUGCCCCUCUCGCACCCUGCGUCUGUCUCGCAGUUUUCCAGCAUCGUCCAGCCGUCACACUCACUCUCAGGACGACACUGGGCAGAAGCAACAACAUGGCUUUACGAAUGAAGGCUUGCAUGUUCGUGGGACUUGUCCUGCUUUCUCUGGCCUGGAAAGCAGCCUGGGCCAAGGUGCAGGUGAACAUGGAGGACAGAGUGGAGGUGUUUCUGGGGGACACGGCCCAGAUCACAUGCAUGUUCACGGUCUCAGACAGCCCCGACAACGUCAUUAUCCAGUGGUACAUGAUCACGAAGACCAAUGUCCGCUUGAGGAUCUACUACGGAAACGACACCAUGCAGGUAGUCGACCGGGGCGGGCAGUUCACAGACAAGAUCAGUGUGAAGGGGAUGGGGAAUAGCAGCGAGGUGGUGCUGACCAUCAGGGACGUGAAGCUGGAGGAUGAGCUUGAGUUCAUCUGCCAUGUCAACGGGAUGUCAGCCGGUAGCGACGAGGGACGCACUGUGCUCAAGGUGUUCGCGUCACCUGAUCGUCCAAUCAUCAUGGGGGAGGAAUCUGGGAUCUCUGUCAGCAAUGAGAACCCAACUAAGAUAGGAGGCUGUGAGGCUAAGAACGGCUACCCCAGGCCCAACAUCACUUGGUACCGUGACCAGAGCUCACUGCAGAACACGCCAGGCGAGGUCAGUGUGGUGACCCUGGUCACUAAGGAGUCCAGUGGUCUGUACACUGUCCAGAGUGACCUUCACCUGAAUGUGAUCAAGAAAGACAAGGAUUCGUUCUUCUACUGCGAAGUCAGCUACCUUGUCCCCGGUGGAACCAAGAUGACUGAAACCAACAAGAUCAACAUCACUGUCUACUAUCCAACCACUUCCCUUGAUGUGUGGGUGGAGUCACCAAAGGGUAGUGUCAAAGAAGGAGACACAGUUGAGGUUCAUUGCCGUGCCGACGGGAAUCCUCAACCACCCUUUACAUUCAUGCACAAUAUGGAGGAGCUGGAAUCUGAUCUGAACAUAUUGGUCCUGAAAAACGUGACGCGGCAAAGCAAUGGUGACAUCAUGUGUAAAGCCCUGGACCUGGACACGUAUGAAGAAACCCUCGGGCAAACAGAGCUCUUCGUCGACUAUCUGGACCCGGCAGUAUUGAUUCCCAAAGACACCCAUGUCAUGGCCCAGGGAGAGGAGCUGAUGGCCACAUGCAACGCUCUGUCCUCCCUGCCCACACACACUGUAUGGUUCAAGAAAGGAAAAAAAGUUGCAGAGGGCCAUACACUGACCCUGAAGGACGCUGUGUUUGACAUGGCGGGGACGUACGUGUGUGUGGUGAAGGUGUCUUCACUGGAAGGACUGGAGACCAGUGGCUCUUUACGUGUCUUCGUAGAGGGACGCCCAGAGAUCAAGAAGUCUGCAGACCCAGUCCAGGAGGUGAGCCCAGAGAAGUCCCAGAAGCUGAGCUGCCACGCUAGAGGAUACCCAACCCCUGUUAUCACAUGGAGCUCCUCUGACAAAUCACAGAUCCUGAAGUUGUCCCAAAGAGAGACAGAGGACGAGGUUCUCAGUGUGGUGAGCAUCAAGGUGACCUCUGACGUCACAGCCUACUGCAACGCCUCCAACGACCAUGGCACAGUCUCCAUCUCCUUCAGCCUCAAAGCCAUUGUCCAAACGACCUCGUCAGCUCCCAGUACUACAGUAACAACUCCAUUAGUUCCAGUAACAGUGGUAGCUCCAGUGACAGUAACAACAGUAACGCCAGUAACUCCUCCGAAGAGAGUCAAGAAAGAGGGCAGCGGUGUGAUCAUAGCUGUCAUCAUCAUCUGUAUUCUCCUGCUGGCUAUCCUUGGCAGUGUGCUGUACUUCCUGUACAAGAAGGGCAAGCUCCCAUGUGGGCGUUCGGGCAAGCAGGAUCUUACCAAACCGAAUAAGGGCGGCAUAGUGGUGGAGAUGAAGAGUGACAACACAGAGGAGGCCGUGCUUUUAAGUGUCAACGGAGACAAGAAACCUCCUAGUGACCAGUAAAGGGUGAUAAGUAUAUGUACGUGCAGAAGUGAGCGUAGGUGUGUGAGGGGGCGACUGCUGCAGCUGCUCCCAGGCCAGUUCACUCGCUCAGGGUGGGAUGGAUCCUUUGAUGCCUCGUAGCCUACAACUUCCAGGAGAACUCAUCUGAUAUGUGUUGCAGUUCUCUAACCUGAUCCCAGAUUUGUAGUUCUUUAGCAUGGCUGUGGCUAACAAAGGGCGUGGCUAUGUUCUCUCAAGUCAUGCUAUUUCAUACUUUAUCCUGUUUUUCAUAUGCAUAACGAAGAACAUGACAGAGAUGCUGGCCUAAGCACAUACAGAUCUGGGAUCAGCCUAGCAAUUUUAAUGAAUGUGGUUAUUCUUUGCACCCAUAAAAUCCAGUUAGAGCAUGAAAUAAGAGGGACUGUUUGUUAUAUAUUUUCCUUAAUCCAAAUGCCAACUCGGGCAACCAAUCACUGAAGAGCAGCCCGGAACUGCUCUUCAUGAAGUGUAAUAUAUUCUGUAUGAAUUUCUUUAUUUAAAAUAACCUGAGACAAACCUUUUAAAAAGACAUGGCUAGGAGUUGUUUUGGGUUUGUUGCUUUUUGAUGGAGGGACGUCUGUGUAGGCUUCGCGCUAGCUCUAGUCCAGGGCGUUAGUGCGCGUUCCUUCUGCAGCAUAGUGGAGCAACGUGAACUAACGCCCUGGACCAGAGCUAGCUUCACUCUAGAGGUCCACCUGCUGUUGUUCUGCGUGUGCUUGGCUGCAUUCACUUCCUACUUUGCUAAAGUCUGUACACUGAAACCAUGGGUGCAUAAUGACGGUCUUACCAACCAUGUCUACAUGUAUACAGCCCGCUUCAUCUACCCAUGUAAACCAACAUUCAACCUUUAGAGCUAUGUUCUCAAAAUGGACUCCAGUAUGGGUCAUGAUUCCAUUUGAGUUUAGUCUUUUGUAUUUUUGUUGUUGUAGCUUUUACUUACCACUGAAACUAAAUCUUAGAUGUGUUUUCCCUUUGUUUUUGGCUUUGUGAAUGUGCAUGUAAAGCCUCGUCUCAUCCUCUGUUAUCUUAUGAGAGAUGGGCCCUGUUUGAAUAUGUUGGAAUGCAUCCUUUCCUCUUUCCCUCAUUUGCAGUAAUCAAUGAGCUGACACGACUUGGAUAGGUGAAGGCCUAUCCAAUCAGGUCAAAUCAGUGAUUUCUUCAUGGGAGGAAGGAUAUGUGGUGAAAUAUGCAUGGAUAAGGGGUCCCCAUUCCUAUCAGUUCCGGAUUGGGUUAUUUUGUACUACAAUAGCCAAUAGCAGAGCUCCGAUGAAGCCAAAGCAUCAUUGGUUACUUUUUCAUUCUUCCAUAGUUCUUGUACUCCUUGUAAAUAAGAGUUAAGAAUCACGCUGAUAUGUUUCCAGUUCUGUCUGCCUUGUAUACAUUCAGCCUCUUAUUCUACAGAUCACAGCGAGCAGUACAGCUGACUUUCUUUCACACUUGUUUUAGCGUUAUUCGUGAGAAUGUCCAGUGCACUGAUUUUGUUUUGUUUGUUAUGAUUUGUCAUGUUUUGUCUGUGAAUCUCUGGUUUAAGUUGGGUGAAGGAGUGUUUGCGCGUGUAAAUGCGAGUGAAAUGUCAGCUUCGUUUCUCAUGAAAGUGAAGAUAGAAUGGCUCUUUAAAAUGUGGGGAAUGGGGUAAGUUGAGCCACCCUUGUUUCUAGGAAACCAUUCAGAAAAUUAAUAAUUUGACCAAAUAUUUAGCAAGAGGUCAUCAUUUCAUGAAGUCUGAAGGAAGGAACCACAUGGAAAAAGUGGUAAACAAGUUAGGUCCAAAAAAACAGAUUUUCACCAAGUCAAAUGAAUUUAGGUUUGAGGUUUCGUGAUGCUUGUAUCGAAACCAAAGUAUACAAUUUUAAGAUUGUUCUAUACAUUGGUUGGGGUCUAUAAGCUUCAAUAUGAAUUCCUAAACAUACCAUGAAAGUGCAUCCUUGUAGCUGUGUGGGCUAACAAAGUCAAAAUGUUGGCCAUGGGGUAAGUUGAGGCAAUGCCAAGUUGAGCAAAGCGAAGUGUUUUCUUCCCAGGUGUAAUGCAAGGCAUUAUCACUGGGCUAUGAGGUAACAGCAGGAUAAGGAUAGAUAUGGUUUAUAAAAACGUAGUGGUCAUAUUUAAUUCAGUAAAGAAAUGUAAGUAUGUAAGUUGUGCCAAGACAGCACUUUUUUUUGGACAAGCUGUUUUCAAAACUAACAUUUAUAUGAAUUCCGAUUAUUUCCAGGGAUACGCAACAUCCUGACAUAUGUAGAUAUCCUUGUUAGAAAGAAUACUAUAUUUCCCUUGAUGGCGUGAUGCUGAAAGUAAAACAGUUCAAAUUUACUCUACUCACCCCUAUGGCAAACAUAACCGAUAUGAAAGUCGUCUGAACAGGGACUAAAAUGUUCAACUCUGAUAGUGUUUCACACAGAACUCUUCGGAAAUGUUAUGCUUAUAUGUAUAUACACAUACCUAGUGGUUUUCAUUGUACAAACAAAAUGGCAAGACUUCAUUUUAUCUGUUGGUCAGACUACCACAAUUUCUACAGGAGAGAAUAACUUGAUAACAAUACACUCCUUAGUUUGAGCUUUCUUACUCACAAAGUAAGAUCCGAAGAGCUCACUCAUGGCCAUAUUAAAACACAAACCCCAGAAUGUCCUCUCAUUACACCACAGGAUAAAAGCUGGUAUGCUUAAGUGAGCGCCAAACUUAAGUCUGCAUCAAUCAUUAGGGCCACCAGUUUGUUUUGGUUUUACUCAUGGUUCUCCCAAUCAUAUGUUACAGUCCAGUUAGGAGAAAAGUAUGACAAUCAUCAAUCUUUGAUAGUUUGAGGUAAAAUGUAUGUUUGGUUCUUUUUUAUUUACACCCUUCAACAUCUCCCCCUGAAGAUUUUUGUGUUAAUAUUUUGGACAAGAACUAUCAGUGUUAAUUUUGAUUAUUUAAAAAAAAAUGUUUUGUUUUUUUGGUAAUAUCUAUGCGUUGCAAAGACAGAUUAACUUCAGGGCAGGUGAAUGGAUUCCUUUUGUUUGUAAUUUAUUUUUUAUGAAGUAAAUGCCAAAUAAAAAUGACUUGUUCAAUGAAAAA